AUGAUUCAUGCACAAAGAUUCCUGGAAGAUUUCAGUGAUCGACGUCCAUUUGUAAUAAUAUGUCUUUUGGACUGUUGUCGAGUGUACUGCCUUCGUAAUCCUGAUUUAAAGAAAAUAACUGCGCGAACCCCUUUUUCAAGUACCUCGAAACUCAGUAAUCGCAAAGAUCUUGUUAUGGCUGGAUUGUUAGUAGGAUUCGCCUGUGCACCUGGAGCUGAGGCAGAUGACAACGAAGAACAAGACAAUGCUUUAUUUACAAAGCAUCUUCUGAAACAUAUUGAAACACCUGAUGCUGAUAUUUCAAAGGUAUUACGUGCUGUUAAUGGAGCAGUGAUAGCAGAAUCAAACUCAAGACAAAUACCAUAUUACAUCGAUGCAUUAUUAACCACAGAUGAUAUAUGUUUGUGCGAAAAAAUCUCAGGUAAAUAUUAA